CACGCGACGGCUGCUUCCUCAUAAUCAAGAUGGCUGCUCACAGUGCUGUGCUUUCUGUCUCCAGGAUUAUAAAUCCUCUCUGGGGUCGACACUUGGGAAAUACAGUUAAAGUAUUUGGAACAAAUUUGACAAGUCACCGGACUAAAACACUUCAUGUUAGCGACAACAUUCCACCUCCUGCAAAGUACGGAGGUCGACACACCGUGACGCUGAUACCUGGGGAUGGAAUCGGUCCAGAGCUUCUGAGUCACGUUAGAGAGGUUUUCAGGUUCAGCUGUGUGCCUGUGGACUUUGAGGUCGUGCAUGUCAACUCAGCGCUGGAGGCCGAGGACGAUAUCGAUAACGCCAUUACCGCCAUCCGCCGAAAUGGAGUUGCUAUUAAAGGUAACAUAGAGACCAAACAUACCAUGCCGCCAUCUGUGAAAUCCAGAAAUAAUCUCCUACGCACAAGCUUGGAUCUGUAUGCCAACGUGAUGCACUGCCAGUCCCUCCCUGGAGUCCAAACUCGGCACAAGAACAUCGACAUCAUGAUCAUCAGGGAGAACACAGAAGGAGAAUACAGCAGUCUGGAACACGAGAGUGUGUCGGGGGUAGUGGAGUGUCUGAAGAUCAUCACCAGGACCAAUUCCCUCCGGAUUGCUGAGUAUGCGUUUCAACUGGCUCGGGAGAAAGGUCGCCGCAGGGUCACUGCAGUGCAUAAAGCCAAUAUCAUGAAGCUUGGAGACGGCUUGUUUCUGCAGUGCUGCAGGGAAGUGGCCUCUGGAUACCCUGACAUCACUUUUGACAGCAUGAUCGUGGAUAACACCACCAUGCAGCUUGUGUCCAAACCCCAACAGUUUGACGUGAUGGUGAUGCCUAAUCUGUAUGGGAACGUUGUCAGCAACGUGUGCGCCGGCCUGGUGGGAGGGCCUGGCCUUGUGCCUGGCGCUAAUUAUGGUCGGGACUACGCUGUGUUUGAAACAGCUACAAGGAACACAGGGAAAAGUGUUGCAGGGAAAAACAUUGCUAACCCCACUGCUAUGCUGCUGGCUAGUUGCAUGAUGCUGGACCACCUCAAGCUUUACGACUAUGCCAACUUGAUAAGGAAUGCAGUACUCACCACAAUGAAUGAAACUAGGUUGCACACAGCGGAUCUGGGGGGUCAGGGCACCACAUCCGAGGUGGUCCAAUCCGUCAUGAGGGUCAUCCAGAGCAAAGGACAGCUCACUGCAGACAUCUAACGCGUCUCUGUAGACGCUGCUUCAGCGGUGUGGAAUCAUGGGUAUGGAGCCAAGCAGACUGUACAAUUUGAAAAACAGGACGUCCAAAUAUUUCUGUUCAAAUCCCUUAACAGUUAAAAAAUAAUAAAUCACGAGUAAAGAAAAUACAGUAUCACUCCUGUUGGAUAAUAAAAACUACUGUAAUUUUUUUUUCCCUAGUAGUUUUGUGUUUAUGUUUUAUCAGUGCAUCAUCGUAUCAGUGCCUUCUUUUAGUUUUUUUAGUUUUUUUUACUGUUUCACACCAACUACGCAUCGGAGGCAGUAAUAUUAACGUCUGUAUCAUUUGGCUGCCUUGUCUUCUCACUGCUUUCUAAUACGAGUUAUUUAUUUUUCUUGCUAAAGUUACACAGCAUCUUUCUGGAAUUAACUAAAAUGCUAAGUGAUCAUGUAAAGUCUUUUUUUUUGUUAUAACAGAUUGCUACUGAAAUGCAAUCUGUGAUUUAAAUAAAAAUAAAAAAACUGGUUCAGCUAUAUGCAAUAUCAGAACAGACCAGACUAGAUCAAGUAACUGCUGUGACUGAUGAACUUUUUUCGUUGAUAUUUUCAACAAUAUUUGACAAAAUCAAUUAGAUCAGAGUUUAACCAGACAAAUGUUUUUAAAGCAGAGGCUCACAGUUACUGUAUAAUGUGCUAUCAAUAAAGAAAUCUGUCUCCAAUGCAUCCUUUGUAAAUAGGUUUGAAUAUAAAGCAUUAUUCAAAGCAGGUUGAAGUACAGUGCCUCACUACAAUAUAACCUCAAUAUGUUCACAUUUUUGUCAAUUACCAAAAAGAACGUAAAUUGUAUUUUAUGGGACUUUAUGAAAAAAAAAAUCUCAAAAUAGAACAUAGUAGUGAUGUGGGAUGGAAAAUAAGGAAUUGCUUUGAAUUUCUUUGCUUGCAACCCCUUAAAAAAUGCUGUUUGUGUGAAUUCAGACUCAUCUACCAUACUACAUGUGAACAAAGUCAAGUACGUGUGUGCUUCAAUCUCAGUAUCAUUCCAACUGCUCUGCAAAUGUCUCAGAUGUUGGCAUUAGUAAACAUUUAGUAUCUGAAGACAUUUCCCUAAAGGACCUUCAUCCGCACACACAAUAAAAAAAAUUACAGAAUUGAUGCCACAUUUACUUGAUUAUUUGUUAAUGUUACAAAAACAACUUGCCUGUUUCUUCUUCCGGUUUUUUUUACUGUGCCCUUUUUUGUUGAUAAAUCACAUUAAAGUGCAGAAAAAAUAAAAAAGCAUAUUUA